AUGACUUCGCUGCUUCACUCAGCUUCGCCAUCCUCUCUCGCUUCUCGCGAAUCUCUACGCACUCGCACUUUUCUCCCUAACCGGUCAUGCUCUCGAAUCGCAGCCCCAAACGGCGUGAGGUGUAAUGUGGGAGAGCCUUUGAAAUAUGCAAAUGGUAAGCCAUCCACUCCACUCUUGAAGACUGAAGAAAUGGCGCCCAACUUUUUGGCCACGGAAAAGCAUUUGGUGAAUGCAACUACCAAGAACGAUACCAGACUCAGGAUAUUUUCCGGCACUGCAAACCCUGCGCUUUCUCAGGAAAUUGCUUGCAACAUGGGUCUGGAACUUGGAAAGAUUAAGAUAAAACGCUUUGCUGAUGGAGAGAUAUAUGUUCAGUUGCAAGAAAGUGUGAGAGGGUGUGAUGUAUAUCUUGUGCAACCCACAUGCCCUCCUGCAAAUGAAAACCUUAUGGAGCUUCUGAUAAUGAUUGAUGCCUGUCGGAGGGCGUCAGCCAAGAAUAUUACUGCUGUGAUUCCAUAUUUUGGAUAUGCCAGGGCUGAUAGAAAGACUCAAGGGCGUGAAUCUAUUGCAGCCAAACUUGUUGCAAAUUUGAUUACAGAAGCAGGUGCAAAUCGUGUUCUUGCAUGUGAUCUUCAUUCUGGGCAGUCUAUGGGAUAUUUUGAUAUUCCUGUGGAUCAUGUAUAUGGCCAGCCUGUGAUCCUUGAUUACCUCGCCAGCAAGACUAUAUGCUCUGAUGAUUUGGUAGUGGUCUCACCAGAUGUUGGGGGUGUUGCUAGAGCUCGUGCAUUUGCAAAAAAAUUAUCUGACGCUCCCCUAGCCAUUGUUGAUAAAAGACGACAUGGGCACAAUGUGGCAGAGGUGAUGAAUUUGAUAGGUGACGUGAAGGGAAAAGUAGCAGUUAUGGUGGAUGACAUGAUUGACACAGCUGGGACUAUCACGAAGGGUGCAGCUUUACUACAUCAAGAGGGCGCCAGGGAAGUCUAUGCCUGCAGUACACAUGCGGUUUUUAGCCCUCCUGCUAUAGAGAGGCUGUCUAGUGGUUUGUUUCAAGAGGUGAUCAUAACAAAUACCAUUCCAGUGUCAGAGCAGAAUUAUUUUCCCCAGCUAACUGUCUUGUCAGUAGCAAAUCUUCUGGGCGAGACCAUAUGGCGUGUUCAUGAUGACUGCUCUAUAGAGGCCCUGCUUUAUAGGUUGUUGUUUCGAAACUUUGUACAAUCGGAAGUUGAUUGGAAGACACUUAUCAGCGCUUGA